AUGGUGCCUUAUCGCAUUCUUGGAAGACCACUGGUACGCAAGUACUGGGAUAAAUUCUUUACCUUCACCGAUUCGGUUGACUAUUUCAACUUGGUAAAUACCUUCGGGACUCUGUUUGCCCUUCACUACCAUAGUCAGGAGUCUCGUUGGACCGCAAAAAAGCUUCUCUGGACAGUGUAUCGAACGUUAUAUCUGCUCUCAUAUCUAUCCUACUGCUACAAAGCAUGCUGGUUGUUCAAUAACUGGGAAUAUACCACCGCUUCAGCGAACGUUCUCGGAGCCCUGGGACUUUGCAGUGGCGCGUUACUUCGUCUAAUUCUUGUCGAACUCAACUACCCAACGAUACGUAAGUUACAAGCAUUUCUUAACGAUCGUACGUAUCUCAACGAGGAUCAAUGGGCAUGGAAUCAACGCUCCAAGCUCUAUCGCCACAACAAUCGCUUUCUGGUGUUGCUCAUCACGGCAAUCACCGUGGAGUCGGUGUGCUUUCUGGCUCGGUUACUGUUGACACGUCCAGAAUUUAUGCUACAGUACAAUGGGCACGUUUUGGGUGGGCCUGUCGUACAGGUCAUCUACGGCACGGUAACGGCCUGCUGGGGCAUCAUCUAUGUGCUCUCGUUCAUUGUGUUUUACAUGUUGUUAGCGGGCUUUCGGCUUGAAAUGGAACUGUUGGCAAGAUCGUUUCUGCAGUUGGAAGAUAUACUGCUAGUGGAUCGGGAGCAUGCAUUCACAAUGGAGGAUCAAGAUGAGCAGAAUUACUGGAACAAUCUUCAAGCUACGCUAACCACACGCAUCAAACGCCACGUGGAACUGCUCGAAAAUCUUCGACUAUUCCGAUCGAUUGUAGCACCGUUUGCAUUUCUGCAGUACUACAGCACCUUCGGGCUGAUAGCGGACUCAUUUUUCGUGGUUUCUUUCGAAGGUUUCACCGGCUACAGUAUGGCGUACAUACUAUUUGCCUCGUUUCUCAUCCUGGAAUCCUUACUGCUAUGCCGUGGAGUGGAGGAUUUGAAUGAUUUGAAUCGACUGAUUGGAACCAACUUGUAUAAUUUCGAUUGGCCAAGACUGUUGCAAUUUUCCGUCAGAUACAGAAAGGAGUACCAGAGCGUUCGACGCACGGUUCUGCUAAUGAUUCUCCAAACACAGCAAUCGUUAAGGUUCAGUUACGGUGCACACGGUGAAAUUUCGAUGAACAGCUUUGCCGAGCUAAUGCAGAAGAGUUACUCAAUGCUGACGUUUAUGUUACAGUUUCGCAACUAG